AUGGCUGGCAAUAUCUCUGCUGCCAAUCUUGGUGGUGUUGCCGACGCUCGCCUAGGUGCCGAAGCAGAUAUCAUUGGCACUAAAGAGGAACACCCAGAGACAAUGUCUCACGAUAUUCCUCCACCGAUACUGCAUGGACAUGGCUCAAUCUACCUGGAUACCAGUAUCAACUUCGAGAGCUACCAUUAUUGGGCAAAGCGCUCUCGUGAGGUGGAAAAGAAUAUGCGAACCGAUAACGUCGGCCUCGCUUCACUGGGCAGCGUUAUCAUGGGAAAAAAGUCCAAAGAGUCGCCACCUUCCACUCCCGCUGCUACCACUGCCAACGAGAAAAGCGGCACCCCCGAACCCUCGAACCAAACCGUGAAUAGCGACACCUCGGAUAGCUGGGGCGUGACCGAAAGCGAGUGGGAACAGGCACAGAGAGCGGGCCGGACCGCAACUUGGGGCUCUAUUUUCUACUUGAUUACCACUGAUAUCUUGGGCCCCACCAAUGUGCCAUGGGCAAUUAGCAAGAUGGGCUAUGGGCCUGGUUUUGCUCUAUACACUGCAUUUGGUGCCAUGGCUUGUUACUCCGGCAUGCAAUUGUGGCACAUGUUCGUCGGACUAGACUCAACUCGGUUUCCCAUGCGCAAUUACGGCGAUGUUGCGUUCCGAAUCUUUGGCAGCUGGGCUCGUAUCGUGGUCAACUUUUUGCAAAGCUUUCAGUUUUUCUUGAACGUGGCCCUGUUGAUCACUAGUAACGGACAAGGCUUGGCACAGAUGGCGGCUGGUGUCGGUGGCAAUGGAUUUCUUUGCUUCAUUGUUGCUGAGGUUAUUUUUAUGCUUAUCGGUUUCGCUUUAGGGCAAAUUCGCACCCUGCAGCGCCUUUCCUGGCUGGCAAAUAUUGCCAUUUGGCUGAAUGUCAUCGUCAUUAUAAUGACUAUGGCGGUUGUCUACCAAUAUCCUCCGAACUACGACGCAGUUGCGCAGAGUUACAACAUUCCCGAGGGCCCCGUGCAAACAACUGCCAACUGGCCUGAAUCCUCCACCCUCAACGACAAAGUGAAUGCCAUGAUGAACGGUGUUUUUGCUUACGGUGGUGCGACACUAUUCAACGAACUCAUGGCUGAGAUGAGACGGCCAUAUGAUUUCUGGAAGGGAUUUAUCUGCGCCGAGAUCUUCAUCUAUGCUUGCUACUUGAUCAUGGGCAUGGUUGUCUACAGUGCCCAAGGACAAUUUACCUUCAAUCCCGCCUAUCAGGGUAUCCCAAAUAGUGCUUAUCGCUUCCAAACUCUUGGAAACGCAAUUUCCUUCAUCACCGGUGUUAUCGCCGCUCUGCUCUAUGGAAACAUCGGAAUUAAAGUGUUCUACUCCGCGGUUCUCCGCGAUGUUUUCCACUUCCCCCCUCUGGAUAGCCGUCGGGGCAAAUGGUUAUGGAUUGCACUCGUCCCGAUCUACUGGGGUCUUGCAUGGAUCAUCGCCGCCGCGAUUCCCCAAAUUAGCAAUUUGACUUCUUUCGUCGGUGCGGCCUGUAUCUUGCAGUUUUCUUAUACCUUCCCGCCCAUGCUACUUGUUGGAUACAAUGUCCAGAAAGACGCGAUACUACCCGAGGAAGAGUACAAUCCGCAGACUGGUGAAGUCAACCGCGUAGAUAGCGGUAUAAAACGCUGGAUCCGAGGAUACAAGAAGAAGUUUGUUUGGAAUACUUUUGACGUCAUCUACUCGCUUGCUGCGCUGGCAUCUGCUGGACUGGGUAUUUGGGCAUCUGUCACGUCAAUGCGCGAAAGCUUUGCAUCUUCGGCACUGACGCCGUUUACCUGCGCGAACCCAGCUGGAUGA